AGGGAAAUUCACAUUCUGUUCAUAUAUGAUACUCAAAAAUCACAAGAAGAUGAUGAAAUUGGACCUAUUUUGUACUUUCAUCCAAUGUGGGUGCCUCAAGAACAGAAAGCUGCUUUGUGUGGCCAAGUUGUGGGUACUAUACAAUGCAUGAAGAAUAUAUUUUCAAAGCCAGAUGUGAUUACAUUGGUUAAUGGAAAGUUUGUCAUUAUUGAACACAAACAAUUCUUCUUUGUUAUGGGCACUGAUAAAAAUACUCCAAGUACUUUUUUGCAAUCUCGUGCCAAAAGUUUAUAUGCUGUGAUAGAAUUUUUCCAUAAAGAUAUUUAUUCGCUACAGUUGAAUUAUAAUAGUAAAUGUGAUGUAGAAAAGUUACAGGAUAUUAUCGACUCUUACUUAAAGAUGCUAUUAGUAUCUGGUAAACUAUUUACACCAAAGCCAGCUUUUGUAUUACCUAAAAGCUCUAAUGACAUAUUUACUCAAGCUAUACAUAUUUUGGAAUGCUGUAGAAGUGGCAACUAUGUACUAGGGGGCGUUGUUAGCUACCGCAAUAGGUUAGUCGUAACACAACUUUGCUCAGCAUUAACACAACUAGUAUUACUAACAGAAGCAUGCGGUGUUGUAUGUUCCAAUAAAUUAAUCAAACCAUUAUUCUCUUUACCACACGAAGUGCAGUUAUAUGAAGUGUAUAUUUCUGGUAACGAAUAUUCCAAGUUAGUUAAGCUUUCCCAUGAAAAUAUAUUUCAAAACCUUCGAGGUGGCAUUACUAACAAGAAGCCGAGAAAAUUAUCUCAGAAAGAAACAUCAAUCUUGUCUACAAUUAAAAGAGAACAAUCACUUCUGUUCACUUCGGUGCCCGAGGAACGACCUGUGCCAACGUUUGAGCCUAAUUUUACCCCAACAACCAAGAAAAAUCGACCUCGAUUUUUGAAUCUCGAAAAUACCACUACCAGAAGCAGCACAAACAAACUGUUACGACAAACGAGUGAUUACAACCUAUCUAGCCAGAUUGUUGUGUGUAGCACUCCACUGCAGGAACAGAAGAAGUUUGUUCACUUCAAUCCAUUAUCUCUUUGUCAUAAUGAAAGUAAGCCGGAUCUAGUUGAGUCUACUAAUAAGACAGCUAGUAAUGCAGAGGGAAAAACUACCAAACUAAACAAAAAAAUUCACAACUAUAUAUCCAAAAGAUCACAGACGAUUGCUGAUCCUACAUUUCCAGUAUUAAAACGCGAUGGAAAGCAUAUGUCCCUUUCGUUUUAUGAAGAAAGCGAGAAGAAGGAUGUUUUACAACAAAAAUCGAUAAAUCGAAGCUGCCAAAGUAUUCACAAAGAAGAUUGUUUCAAUUUUUCGCGCGAAAAAAGUAACUUGUUGCUGUACGAAAAAAGUGGGGAGUAUAAUUUUCCGGACUCGACGUUUAUACCCAACAGACUGAAAUCUCUGUCGUUUCUGAAUUAUAGUGCCAAAGGAAGUAAAAUAGACAACCGGAAAUCUGUUAUUGCGAAGCCUAGUUUUUCGACUUAAAAAAAAUACGAAGCAACCCGAAAAAAGUUGUAAUAGCGGGAAUCCGACAGAAAAAUGCGUGCUGUUCCAGUGGCACGAAAAUAACAUAACCAUUACGAUUUUAUUGAAGUUCGACAUAAUCGAAGACUCUGCCGCGAUGAAUUCAUUGUGUACGAUUUGCAAAAACCAACUGAGUAAAUUAGAGAAUAAAAUGAGGGAUUGCUUCGAGUUAAAGCAGACACAAGGAGGCGAACAGUACCAGUUUAUUACGCUUGACUCAACUGGUCCCAGAACGUUCUGGAACGGCACUACUGAGGAUUGGCGAGAGCUGUAUUAUUUUAACGAUGAAUUGUCUAAUAAUAGUAUUACUGAAGUUUUGAUAAGGUCCCUCGACACCUCAUACUAUGGUUACCAUUGUGGUCCGAAUAAGAUUUUUUACGGUGAAACGACGAUUUGUAAUGGUGGGUUACCUCUACCGGCCGAUCCUAUGGGUGUACUGCAAGUAAAGGCAAAAAGAAGACUCGAAAGAGAUUAUGCUUUAAUUUUAUUUUAA